CAUCCAUCCAUCCAUCCAUCCAUCCAUCCACUGCACUCACUCUCCAAGCUACAUACGUACCUCUCGAGCAACUACAACUACAACACAACCUCAAUCCACCGGUUCACCCUCUACACCCAGAAGACACACAACCCACCAAGUCAAACAACCGCUAUGACCACCAACUAAGAAACCAAACAAAACCAACCACACACCCUUACACAUUAAAUCAACCUAACCAAGAAACCACCAACCCAAACCGCCAAAAAUGUCCCGCCAAACCACAACCCCCUUCCACCUCAAACUCUUCUACCGCCAAUCCACCUACCACCCCCUAUCGGACUUCUCCCCGGCUCCCACCAGCUCCCACCCCGGCGACCGCACCCGCGGCAGUCUCCCCGCCCACCACCUCCAAAUCUACACCUGGCCGACCUGCUCCCUGCGCGAACUCGCCCACCUCCUGACCUCCACCCUGCCGCACCUCCUCCCGGAGGUGCCCAUCGGCACGCGGCUGAGCUUCCGGUUGAUCUACCCGGACACCAAAGGCGCGGCGAUGAAUCUGGGCGAACACGGGCGGGGCCGGUACCUCGCGAAGGAGAUGGGGAGUGUGGUGAUUGCGCCGCGGGGAGGAGGUGGGCAAGGCCCCCGGGCGAGGGCUGCCGCUGCUGUUGGCGCAUUCCGGAUGAGUGGUGCGGAUGCGGAGAAGACGUUGCAGGAUUUUCGGUUCGUGAUUGGUGAUUACGUCGAUUGCGCGAUUGUGCCCCCGCUGGAGGAUGGGUCGGUUGCGCCGCCGCCGCCGCCUGUUGGUUCGGGAGGAGGAGGCGGUGGUGGUGGAGGAGGAGGAGGAGGGGGUAUGAGGGCGUUUCCUUCGGGCAGGGAGGAGAGAUCGUAUUUUGGACGGAGUGGGGGGAGAGGGGGACGCGGGAUUCCGCCGGGUGAUUGGAGGCGCGGGGAGAGGUUGCCUGAGGGUGCUGGUGGUGCUGGUGGUGCUGGUGCUGGUGGCGGUGGUGGGUAUGGGAGACGGGACAAUGGGGGGAGGGAUCGGGAUAGGGACGGGGGGAGGAGAGGGUGGAUGCCUUAUUAG